AACCUGUCGGAUGUGUCUGAAAUUUUUGAGAAAUCUGUACAGUGGACAGACAACAGGACGGUGCCAAGCUGCCUUUUUACCAUUGCACCUGCACUGAGGAGGCGGAGAGUAGGAGGGUCAACGAAGGAAGGCACACUUUAGGAUGGAAGAAGCUAAAAAAGAGGGACAUAUGGUCGCAGACGGCAUCGACAGGCCGGGGGGAGCGUACAGCGAUGAGCUCGUGAGAUCAGUGUCGCUCCACUGCCGUAGGCCACGCGCACUGCACGGCACAGUGUUUCCGUUCCUGCUCCUCUACCCGUGCUGUCUGUAUACGUGGUUUGGAGUUUACGGUGGUGCUGAGUAUGUUGAGGCCGGCUUGCUGGCGGUCGCCGCUAUCGGGAUCGCGCACGUCCUGACAGUACUUUCUGGCUACUGGUCCGUGCACGCGCACUGCUGGCUUACCUGUUCUAAGGAGUCUGAUCCAGACAAGGCCACCUUUGCAAAAGUCAUUCCUACGCCUAACAAUGGCUCAGCUGAAUUAGUGCCUCUUCUGAGGGAUAAGGACGAGGAUGGAGAGGAAAUUCUGUCCUUCGAGUUCCAGAAGAUCCGGUAUGUGUAUGACAGCAAAGAAAAGAAGUGCUUUUUGCAAGUGGCGUUCCCGAUCAACUAUCCAAUGAGUUAUUUCCAGAACUGGAAAGGCUAUCAGGAGGAGGCUCAGCUACGUGCUGCGGAGAAGCGUUAUGACUGCAACCGCGCUGAGAUGGUGGUUCCAGACUUCCUGGAGCUCUUCAAGGAGAGAGCCACAGCCCCCUUCUUCGUCUUUCAGGUGUUUUGCGUGGGUUUGUGGUGUUUGGAUGAAUACUGGUACUACAGUGUCUUCACACUCUUCAUGCUUGUGGCAUUUGAAGCAUCUCUGGUGCAACAGCAGAUGAGAAACAUGUCAGAAAUCCGUAGGAUGGGGAACAAACCAUACAUGAUCCAGGUCUACAGAAACAGAAAAUGGAGGCCUAUAUCUAGUGAUGAAUUAGUACCUGGAGACAUCAUCUCAGUUGGGCGUUCUCCUCAGGAUAACCUGGUUCCUUGUGAUGUUCUUCUACUGCGAGGGCGGUGUAUAGUGGAUGAGGCCAUGCUUACAGGAGAGUCUGUGCCACAGAUGAAGGAACCUGUGGAGGAUCUGGACCCUGAGAGAAUUCUGGACCUGCAGGUUGAUUCCCGUCUGCACGUUAUCUCAGGAGGCACCAAAGUGGUUCAGCACAGCCCUCCUCUCAAAGCCAGUGCUGGACUAAAACCUGUAGACAAUGGCUGUGUUGCUUAUGUUUUACGGACGGGUUUCUACACUUCACAGGGCAAAUUAUUGAGAACAAUUUUGUUUGGAGUGAAGCGGGUGACGGCCAACAACUUGGAAACAUUCAUCUUUAUCCUCUUCCUGUUGGUGUUUGCCAUUGCUGCAGCUGUGUAUGUUUGGGUCGAGGGGACGAAGGACCCGAGCAGAAACAAAUAUAAGUUGUUUCUGGAGUGUACUCUGAUCCUCACUUCAGUAGUGCCACCUGAGUUACCAAUAGAGCUCUCACUGGCUGUUAACACAUCUCUUAUUGCUCUGGCCAAGCUCUAUGUGUUUUGCACAGAACCUUUCAGGAUCCCCUUCGCUGGGAAGGUGGAGAUUUGCUGCUUUGACAAAACUGGCACCCUGACAAGCGACAGCUUAGUAGUUCGUGGUGUAGCAGGACUCAGAGAAGGGAAAGAAGUGACACCAGUGUCAGAGAUCCCAGUGGAGACUCAUCGAGUGGUGGCUACAUGCCAUUCGCUGGUCACACUGGAUGAUGGACAACUAGUGGGUGAUCCACUGGAGAAGGCCAUGCUGACCGCAGCAGACUGGACGCUCACUAAAGAUGAGAAGGUGUUUUCUCGCAGCAUUAAGACUCCUGGCCUGAAGAUUCAUCAGAGGUUUCAUUUUGCCAGUGUUCUGAAGAGGAUGUCGGUGCUUGCAUCAUAUGAGCGGCUGGGCUCCACUGAGCUCUGCUACAUCUCCACUGUGAAAGGAGCUCCAGAGACACUGAGGGACAUGUUCUCAGAGUGUCCAGACAGCUAUGACGAGGUACACCGAGAGAUGUCACGUGAGGGGGCGCGAGUUCUCGCACUGGGAUAUAAAGAGAUGGGCCACAUGAGCCAUCAGCAGGUAAGGGAGGUGAGUCGUGAGGUCCUGGAGUGUGACCUGCACUUUGCAGGAUUCAUGGUCGUCUCCUGUCCUCUGAAGAACGACAGCAAGGCUGUUAUCAGAGAGAUACAAGAGGCCUCGCACCAUGUAGUAAUGAUUACAGGUGACAACCCUCUAACUGCAUGCCAUGUUGCCAGAGAGCUGCAUUUCAUCCAGAAAGAGCACACACUCAUACUGCAGCCUGGCCCUUGUCAAGCUAAAUGGCAGUGGGAAUCCAUAGACGGCAGUGUGUGCCUUCCUCUACCUCAUUGCUCAGUUCCAGAUUUGGUCAGGCGGUACGACCUUUGUGUCACGGGAGAGGGGCUGACCAGGUUGACCUACGACCCCCGUUUACUCAAUGCCCUGCUUCCUCACGUGCGAGUCUUUGCUCGUGUCAGCCCCAAACAGAAGGAAUUUGUCAUAACCACUCUAAAGGGACUGGGUUUUGUUACGCUGAUGUGUGGAGAUGGCACAAAUGAUGUUGGCGCACUAAAACACGCCCAUAUAGGUGUGGCACUGUUGGCUAAUGCCCCGGAGCGGAUGCCAGAGAAAAGGAAGAGAAACAAAGAGAAGGAAUUUUCUGCUGGAGAGCCCAAACCUGGACCUCCAGUCCCAAGUUCAGGGGUCAAACUCAGCUCCCGUGCAGCCAGACAGAGAGUGAUGGCCCACAGAGAGGAGCAACUAGCAGCACAAAAGGAAAGGAUCAGUCAGGUACUGCGAGAGUUAGAGGAAGAUCAGAUUCAAGUAGUAAAACUGGGAGACGCCUCCAUCGCCGCUCCAUUUACCUCCAAACUGUCCUCCAUUCAGUGCAUCUGUCACGUGAUAAAACAGGGGCGCUGCACCCUGGUGACCACCCUGCAGAUGUUUAAGAUCUUGGCACUAAAUGCUCUGGUGCUGGCCUAUAGUCAGUCUGUGCUCUACCUGGAAGGGGUCAAAUUCAGUGACUUCCAGGCGACCCUUCAGGGCCUUCUGCUGGCCGGCUGCUUUCUCUUCAUCUCAAGGUCAAAGCCUCUGAAGACCUUGUCUAAAGAGCGCCCUUUACCUAACAUCUUCAACCUGUACACUGUCCUGACGGUGCUGCUCCAGUUCGCAGUCCACUUUUGCAGUCUGGUGUACCUGUACAGAGGGGCUCAGAGCAGAAGCCCACCCAGGGCAGAGCAGUUUGUGGAUCUGUACAAAGAGUUUGAGCCCAGUCUCAUUAACAGUACUGUAUACAUUAUGUCCAUGGCCAUGCAAAUGGCUACAUUCGCCAUUAACUAUAAGGGUCAUCCUUUCAUGGAAUCUCUCCGUGAGAAUCGGCCCUUGCUUUGGAGCAUCGCUAUAUCAGGGCUCGCAAUAGUAGGGCUGCUGACAGGAUCAUCACCUGAAUUCAAUGAGCAGUUUUCUUUAGUAGAUAUUCCAGCUGAGUUUAAAUUAAUAAUAGCCCAGGUCCUUAUCUUGGAUUUUGUCGCCGCCCUGCUGGUGGAUCGGGUUUUGCAGUUCCUGCUGGGCAAAGGAACCCUGAGGUUGCCUAAAUGAAGUGUUAUUGCCAACAGUCACUGAAGCAGCUGCUGCCCCUAGUGAACAGACUGUGAAUGGGCUUUACAGGAAUACGGUACUGACUGGAAGCAAACUGUGAUAUGCAAAGGACGGGCGUGAAACUCAAUACUGUACACACCCCAGUGUUUCCUUUUCCUCCCUAACUCUCUGUCUUUGAUAUUAACUUUAGCUACUUUUUCCUUCUACUGACAUCUUUAACCUCCCCGUCUGCUCUGAAGGCCAAGAAAACUACAGUAUUGUGUUGAAGGUGAGAGUGUGUUUUGGUGCGGUUGCUGCGCACAGCUGUGGCAGGGGCAUUUUGGAGAAAAAAAAAAUUCAAAGUGUUUUUUUUUUGUUUCGUUUUUUUUCCAUCAUUUUGUAAAAGACAGAUCUCUGAAAGACUUAUAAAUGACCAACAUACAAAAACAGUAGCUGUGUUAUUAUUUGUCUGCAUACCUCUCUGCUUUCACGCUACCAAGAAAGCACCGUGGUAUACAAUCAAAAUACCAUGGUACCCAUUACUUUAUGUAAUGGCAAGAUUUUCACUUUUUGCAAAUUGUAAUUAUAAUUCACAUUGUAUAAAUGAACCACUUUGAAGUAGGUUACACUUAAUUUUAUUGUAGGAUCAUUCACUUCUCAGCAGAGCAUGUAGUUAUAAUUGUUCUUUAAGUUCAUGAUUUAGAUAAUUAUUAGAUGCAGUCAUUUUUGGAGAUUUCAGUGGCAUUGCAUCCUCACUACACUGCUUGGAAUGGGCUGAAUUCACACUUAUAUGAGCCAAACAACUUUUUUUUGACAACACCAUCAAAGUAUAUGAUUUCACAAUAGGCACCUGAGGCUAUAAAGCAUGCACAAACUAUGAUAAAUGACAAGACAGUUCCAAAAUAUGGUAUGAUACACUACAAAAAAUUUUGGACAGUGUGUAACAUGUAAAAAAAUUAAAAUAAAUGAUUCGCAAAUUCUUUUUGACUUGAAUUCAGUUGAAAUCAGCACCAAGGCAACAUAAUUAAUUAUUUAACUAAUCAGCCUUUUUUGUAAAUGUACACUAAUAACAAAGCCUGCAACAUGUUCACCAAAAAGUUGAGACAUGGGUAUCAUUUUUCCUUUUAACAACAUUCAAGAAUCAGCUUGGAGCUCGUUAGAAAAUUGAGCCUGUCGGAAGUGCUCAUUUCUCAUGAAAGCAUUAUCUGUUUCCUAUCAACCUGUUUUCCAAUUUAAUGUAUGGGAGGAUUCAAACAUUGAUUAUUUUAUUGUUGUAUUUGAAAUUAAAUACAUGUCAAAAAGGAUUUGCAAAGCAUUGACUACUUUUCUUUUAACACAUUGUCCCAAAUAUUUGGGUAAUUGAGGGUCAUAUAAAAAAUUGCUGUAUGCUUAUGGGAUAUCGUUUCUUAUUAACACCACUUGUUCAAGGUCAUAGCUUUAUUGUAAUAUUCAGUCAAGUACAAUGAAAUUUGCUUCUUCACAAAACAAAGAAAUAGUUGUGCAUUAGCAAAAGACAAAUGGCUGACUUAAUACAAUAUAAAAUAGAAUUAACAGAUAUAUUAAAUAUAUAUGAAAAAAUAUAUAAAAUGUAAAAUAGCAUGUUAGAGACAACACCGUAAAAAGCCAUUCACUUAACUGGAAAGUAACUUACAGUAAUUAAAGAAAUAGUUCACACAAAAAUGAGAAUUCUCAUCAUU